AUACAUGACAGAGUAAUCGAUCCGAAGGUAAAAGUGCAGCAGGGUUCAUUUUGUAUCGUCAUUUUGGUCCCGUUUUUUCCCCGCAAUAGUUGAUAGUUAAAGCGGGAUGGGCACCGACUUAACGUUCUCCUCUCGUCGGUCUCCUGUGGUGUGUUUACACGGCUGUGCGGCGUCCAGCCAGCCGUUAUCUUCAAGGAUUGGAGUCGAUGUCCUGAAGCGGGGUGGCAAUGCAGCAGAUGCUGCAGUUGCCAUAGCAGCAGCUUUGGCGGUGACAGAGCCGAGCAGCACCGGCCCUGGUGGAGACGCCUUCUGCUUGUUCUACAAUGGAAACACUGGAGAGAUCAGAGGAAUUAAUGGCAGCGGACGUUCAGCCCGAGCUCAGACGCUGGACAUCCUGGAAGGACGUGGUUACACUGCAGAGACCCCUCCUUCAGUGUUUGAUGCUUUGAAUGUUACUGUGCCAGGGGCCCCUGCAUGCUGGUGUGAUACUGUGCAGCUGUUUGGAAGUCACAAGCUGUCCUUGCUGGAGGUCCUGAGUGGGGCGGUGGAGCUAGCAGAGGAGGGGUUUCCUGUUGCUGAGGUAGCAGCUCACCAGUGGGCGAGCUGGGUGACUGCUCUGAGAGAUGCUGGGAAGGAACUAGGUGGAGACUUGCUGAUUGAUGGUCAUGCACCCAAAUGUGGACAAGUGUUCAAAAACCCUGCCCUGGCUCGGACCCUGAAGGAGCUCGGUGAAGGUGGCAAACCAGCUUUCUACCAGGGCAGAGUGGCCCAAGCCAUUGUUGACGUCAUUAACCAGAAUGGGGGAGUCCUGACCUUGGAUGACCUCAGCAGUCAUGACAGUGAAGUCGUCACCCCCAUAAGCACAGAGUACAAGGGUGUGCGUCUGUGGGAGCUUCCUCCCAACGGUCAGGGGCUGGCUGCCCUGCUGCUGCUCAACAUCCUGGAGAACUUUCCUCAACUUCAAGCUGCAGGUCAUAACAGUCCUGACUACAUCCAUGUUUUGGUGGAGGCUGUGCGUUUGGCACUAACAGAUGCUCUGCGUUACCUUGGCGAUCCACAUCAUGUGACCAUCCCUUUAGACACCUUGCUGGACAAGAGCUACAGCCACCAGCGAGCGGGGCACAUCAGCAUGGACAGAGCCAUGGAGCGAGUGGAGCCUGGCCUGAUGACUGGAAGUGACACAGUGUACUUCUGUGUGAUUGACAGUCAAGGGAAUGCAUGUUCAUUUGUCAACAGCACCUAUAUGGGCUUUGGGAGUGGACUCGUCCCGAAGGACUGUGGCUUCUCACUACAGAAUCGUGGUGCCAGCUUUUCUCUUCAUCAUGACAAUGUUAACUGUGUUGCUGGGGGGAAGCGGCCAUAUCACACCAUAAUACCUGCGCUUCUCACUGACUCUGCAACCAAAUCACAAAAACCACAGCUCCUCGCUGCACUCGGGGUGAUGGGGGCUUUUAUGCAACCACAAGGACACAUCCAGGUUUUGUUGAACAUGGUGGAGUUUGGGAUGAAUCCUCAACAAGCUCUGGAUGCACCAAGAGUCUACGUACAGUAUGACAACAAAACUGAUCAGUGGUUGGUUAAUUUGGAGGAAGGAGUCGACCAGGAGGUAGCCGAGGAUCUGAGAAGACGGGGCCACAUCGUCAACUGGCCAAUUACAGGCCACAAGAGGUCCCAGUUUGGACGGGGACAGAUCAUCACAGUGGGAGACUGGUGGAAUCCGUCAGCCACUCAGCCUAAUCAUCCAUCCAGGGUGCUGUGGGCGGGAUCAGACCCCAGAGGGGACGGAUGUGCUCUGGGAUACUAGUAACGUAAUGAUUAAUCAGUCAGCACUUUUCAAAGAGAAAUUCACACAAAUGAAGUGUAGAGUACAGGCUUGACUGUGAUAUUUUGAAAUGCGAAUACUUUCUUCCUUUAGCUGUUUGAUUCAGCCAAAUGAUUUUAAUGCUAGGCAGUAUCUGACAAAAAGUCAGGUUUAUCACAUUCUCAAAUCCCAAACAGCUACACUGAACCAUUAUGAAGUGCCUUAUUUAAUCAUGUUGUUGUAUCAGUGUUGGUUGGAUGUUCCUGUUGUAUGUUUACAGAUCAUAUGCAUUUACUGAAUGCAGUCUGUGACGUACAGAAAAAGCAGACCAAUAUGUAAAUUAGUGUAGUAAAACUUAUUUCUCAUAACAGUUGUUGUUUGAUUGACUUAAAUCUGGAGAACAUCUGGAGCGUUAUAUUACUUUCAUAUCAAAGAUGCCUCCACUCUUUCCUCCACUCUGUGAUCUGGUUGAGAUAAUUGUUUCAGUCUCUGUAACGGGACUGAAACUGGUAAUUAUAAUUUCAUUACAUAUUUGUCUCUCAUUCCUCAUAAAAGUCCUAUUUAUACUCUGCCUGACAGUUUUAAAAACAAAUCAAAUUCAGAUACACUAAUAAUAUAUAUUUUUUUACAUUUUGAAGUAUAUUUGUUUCUGCUGUUAUGAACAACAAAUCAUUUUAAAGUCUCUACUUUAAAUGAUCUAUGAAUAAAAUACGCUUCGUCUAUUCACAACGUCUUUGUACAUUUUUACACACGCCAAAUAAAUUUAGAUGCACAAGUGGUUUAAGUUGCUGUAACUGAAUUACUUUGAUCUGGAACCCCAGGCGUUAGUAUACCAUAACAGUUCAAAAUAAAUUGUUUUUUUCCCUUAAAAAUUGUGAACUUAAUUGUCAACAGCAGGACCUAAAGAAGAUAAUCAAUGAGCAGAUUUCCCCAAAAUAAAUUGUUUGUGGGUACUCAGA